GCUUCUUCUCGAGCGUCCGCGCUGACCAUGCAGGAGCCCCUGCUAGGAGCCGAGGGUCUGGACUAUGACACCUUCCCCGAGGCGCCCGCGUCGCCGAGAGAGAGGACGCGGGCCGGGGCCUUGCAAAACAGAAGGGUGUUCCUGGCCACCUUUGCUGCUGUGCUGGGCAAUUUCAGCUUUGGGUAUGCCCUGGUCUACACGUCCCCAGUCAUUCCUGCGCUGAAGCUUUCUUCUGACCCAGCACUACACCUGAACAAAAUCCAGGCAUCCUGGUUUGGGUCCGUGUUCACCUUGGGUGCCGCAGCUGGGGGCCUCAGUGCUAUGGUACUCAAUGACCUCCUGGGUCGGAAGCUCAGCAUCAUGUUCUCGGCUGUCCCCUCAGUCAUUGGCUAUGCACUCAUGGCUGGUGCCCAUGGCCUUUGGAUGCUCCUGCUGGGGAGGACGCUGACAGGCUUUGCCGGGGGACUCACUGCUGCCUGCAUCCCGGUGUAUGUGUCUGAGAUCGCACCCCCUGGUGUUCGGGGGGCCCUGGGUGCCACACCGCAGCUCAUGGCCGUGUUUGGAUCCCUGUCUCUCUAUGCCCUCGGUCUUUUGCUGCCUUGGAGAUGGCUUGCUGUGGCCGGAGAAGGGCCUGUUCUCGUCAUGAUCCUGCUGCUUAGCUUCAUGCCCAACUCACCUCGCUUCCUGCUUUCAAAGGGCCGGGAUGAGGAGGCGCUGCAGGCGCUGACCUGGCUGCGAGCGGACUCUGAGGUCCACUGGGAGUUUGAGCAGAUACAGGACAACGUGCGGAGACAGAGUAGCCGAGUGUCGUGGGCAGAGGCCCAGGACCCCCGCGUGUACCGGCCUAUUCUCAUCGCAGUCCUGAUGCGCUUCCUGCAGCAGCUGACAGGCAUCACACCCAUCCUCGUGUACCUGCAGACCAUCUUCGACAGCACAUCCGUGGUGCUGCCCUCCCAGCAGGACGCAGCCAUAGUGGGUGCCGUGAGGCUCGUGUCUGUGCUGAUCGCUGCUCUCACCAUGGACCUGGCGGGCCGGAAAGUCCUGCUCUAUGUGUCAGCGUCCAUCAUGUUUGUUGCCAACCUGACACUGGGGCUGUACGUUCAGUGUGGCCCAAGGUCUCUGACCCCCAACGGGACUGUGGGACUGGAGAUCAUGACCCUGGGGGACACCGAGCAGUCCCCAGCUACGUCCUUCAAUUAUCUUACUCUGAUACCCCUGCUGGCCACCAUGCUCUUCAUUAUGGGCUAUGCCAUGGGCUGGGGGCCCAUCACCUGGCUCCUCAUGUCUGAGGUCCUGCCCCUGCGUGCCCGUGGUGUUGCCUCGGGGCUCUGCGUGCUGGUCAGCUGGCUGACAGCCUUUGUCCUCACCAAGUACUUCCUGCUGGCAGUGAAUGCCUUCGGCCUCCAGGUGCCUUUCUUCUUCUUCUCCGCCAUCUGCCUGCUCAGCCUGCUCUUCACAGGCUGCUGUGUGCCUGAGACCAAAGGCCGCUCACUGGAGCAGAUCGAGGCCUUCUUCCACACCCGCAGGAUGUCCUUCAGGCCCUAGUCGGGGCUUGCCUGUAAGGGGCCAAACCAGCCAGGCCAGGCCUAUGCACUGGCCACAGACUUCACGCCUGCAACCAGGAGCAGCAGCAUCCCUGCCAUCAGCCAGAACACAUUUCCAACUCUGGGGCUGGUAGGCCCCAGCUCAGGCAGCCUGGGGUGCUGCAAUCCCUCGGCUGAGUCUGCAGGGGGCGCAGGCGGCCCAGCCCCAGACUGAGCAAAGGCUGUGCCCAUGGACAAGGCUGUCAGGGGACCUGGGGUUUAGUUCCUCACCCCUACAAGGGACACUUCCAUGCAAGGCCAUGUUGAGGACAGAGAACAGGGGUGGAGGUGGCAAAGUGGCUCUGUACAGGGACAUCGUUACAUCAUGCUGUUCUGACCAACUGGCCAUGAGGACAAGGUCCUGCACCCACAUGGGUCUGGGUAUCUUGGGGAACACUGGACUUCCCAAGGCCAGAGUGCAGGACCCAAUCCAACCUUGGGAUACCUCUAGUCUGCAAACUGUUCACUGUUUUUCAAAAUAAAAGGAAUUGGCCUCA